AUGAUAUAUUAAAGAGCCAGCUUUCUUAAAAUACUUUCUCGAAAACGUUGCUAAGUCUAGAUUAUAUGCUCCACGUAGGAUUAAAGGGACAUCUUCAAAGCACUUUCGCUCCCCGAGGAACUGUUUUAGGAUCCAUAUGUUCAUAUGAUUUUUUUUCUUAUUUUAUCUGUACCGCAAGUAAGAUAGUCAGAUUGAAAAAACAAUCUGAUGAUUAUUAGGUAAUGUUUCUCUUAAAGUUUUUUUAACUAUGUAAUUUUGACUUACCUUUAAGUGAUUAUCGUAAUUCUUCUUAGACGUUUUUAAUUGCCUUUCUCAAUUAAAACGAAAAUUUUGAGAUCGAGAUUGCAAAAUGACAGGAUAAAAUGUGAUCAUAAAAGUCACAGUCAAUCUGACAAAUCAAUUUGUCAUUUGUUCUAUACAUAUUUUUUACAAUAUUCCGAAAACAUAAGAAUGCUCAAUGAAUCUCGCAUUAAAGAUUAUGCAAAGAAGUAAAUCGAACCUAACAAGACCAUCUGGCGUUCCUUAUAUUAAGCAAGUGUUUAAUACGAACCCGAAUGUUCCACGAAAUAUAUUUGAAUCCACUUCUUUCGUGUGGCCAUCGCAUAGAAAUAGGAAUUGUUCCUAUCGUUCGAACUCGGAAAGUCUUCGAAAUUCCAGCACUCAGACUAGCAAAACCGUCAUAGCUCUUCCUGUAAGUGAUAGUCCUCGAAUGUCUCCAGAUAGCUUAAGUCCAAAAACCGAAUACAAUCCCGAUAUUCUCUGCCAUCAACCAGUUUGUGCCAGUAAAUCGACCUUCAUUGAGGGCGGGGAUGUUAGUUUUAGCAGAAAAAAUUGCGUUUUAAGGUAUCUACAUAAUAGGGAUGACGAAAGUAAGGAGCCCGACUCAACUAUUGAACUUGCUGGUGAUUCACUUACGAAGGUAUAUUUAGAGAAAAAUCGAUUGAAACAAUUCGAUAGCGGUGCUAAUAGACUAAAUUCAACGAGAUCGAGAUUUUUGCAACAAACAUCUCCUCUGCGUAACCUGACAUCGAAAUUUCCCUUAGAGCUUAAAAAUCAGUCUACCAGCCUGGAGAACACUAAAGCUAUUAUCCCAAUUCUUCCAUCGAUGACAAGAUUUAAAGUAAAGAAUGUGAAAGAGAAACCUAUCGUUCCUAAUCCGGUCAAACCGGUGAAAUAUUUUUGCGAGAAAGAUUUUUCGCUAAAUUUGAACAGUAACAAAAUUACUCCAAGAAAUAAGCCGUGUUCGUUUAUGUCACCGACUUUUUCCAGCGAGCAAAAAAACAAAAUGAGGGACAUUAAAACCGUUACCAAACUGAUAUCGCCUACUAGAAGAGGAAGGAGCGCAAGUCCUAAGGCUAAUUUGCAAAGGGCUCCGUCUGUUAUUAAGAAGGUGCCGUACAUAGAUAAAAGUUCUUCGUCUAUAUUUCAGUGCGCACGCGAUGAGCCCGUUUUUACGCUGGACUUGAACAAUCUGAAGACAGCUCGAACAGCUAUAUCUUCUGAAACUAUCUUAGAAAAUUGUAGUAAUAGUGACGCUGAGCGCGACUUAGUACAGGCUAUAUUAAAAUUAAAAGAUAGUGACUGGAACGUCGCCUUGAGAGGUUUGGCGGAAAUUGUGGAGAUAAGUAGAACCAGAGAAACUCAAUUUGUCUAUCCGCACAUGACCAUUAUCAAUCAAAGAAUAAUAGAACUACUGAAAAGUUCCAGAUCCCACGUUUGUCGUACAACUUGUCAAGCUGUAGGUCAUCUGUUUGAGUAUGUUAAAGAUACAAGACGACCGGAGUUUGAUGAAAUAGUGGAUAGUUUAUUAUGCAGAACGGCUGACUCUAACAAAUUCAUUAGGCACGAUGCAAAUUUGGCUUUAGAUUGUAUGGUGACUCACAUUCCAGCUUUGCAUGCGGUUAGAGCUAUCUGUACAAAAGGCCCAGAUCAUAAAAAUGCAUUGGUGAGAUCAGCAUCAGCACGACUUGUUGUUUGUGCGGUUGUUAUAGCUGGAUCGACUAACGUUUUGAAUCCUAACAGUAACGAUUACACACGAAGAAGAGUAAUUUUGAAUAUGGUCAGAUUUCUUAAUGACAAAACCAUGGAAACUAGAAAAUAUGGUGAAAGGCUGUAUAAACUUCUUGCUACAGACAAAAUGUUCGAUCUAUAUAUAAGAAGGUACCUAGAAAAAGAUACGGUGCAGAAACUCAAAAUUGCAUUUAAGAAAUAUCACGGUAAAAAUCUUACCGUUCCGUGAUAGAUAAGUAUGCAUCGGCUCUUUAACAUAACGUUAGAUAGUUGAAUAUUGAGAAGUAAACAGUUCAUGGAUUCAAACACACAAUGUAGUCUAGCUACUUAAAAAAUAGAAUUGAAUAUAUAUUUGUGACUAAUUGUUAAAAAUAAAAAAGGAAAAAGUAAAAA